GGAGGAGGAGGAGGUGGUGUAGGUGGAUCCCCGGGGCGGCGACGCCGGCAUGGAAGGAGCCCGUCGCCGCUCAAUUCUUCUUCCUCUGCCGUGCUCGGCGAGCGGCGGCGAGGCGUGCGGGGUGGGGGGCCGGCGGCGGCCGUGCUCUCCCCGGGAGGCGCUUUCUUGCCGUCCCUGGCAAGGGCGUGAUGAAGGGCUGACCCCGGGCUCGGAGCCACCUCUCGGGCCGCUGGCGGGGCCGCGGCAGGGGUUGGGCGGGUGUCCCGGGGAAGGGCGAGUGUCCUCCCCCUCGGCCCCCGCCGCGGGCAGCUGGUGCCCGCCGGGGUCCUGCGCGGUAGGCCUGCGGGUGGGCAGAAAUGUGGUGUCAUUGCUUUCUAGGAGCAGGUGUAAGUCAGUAGUUGAAGAUGAGGGUGGUGGAGCAUCUCUUCCAAAAACUCUGUGCUCAAGGUUAAAGCCCAGCCCCUCCCAUUGAAGCCGGGGUCUUGCUGUGGCACGGGCACAUCUUUUGGACGGCUGUAGGCAGAGACCAGUUCCUCAUGAAGAAUGAUGCUGUUGUAACUGAGCGUGUUACUUGCUUUAUGAAGCGUGGUUUUUCUCAUCUUCACUUUCUCAGUUGAAAUAUUUCUAGUUUAAAUGCCUGGUUGGAUUGCUGCGAAGGUCAUGAAGGGGUAAAACCGAUGUGGUGGGGGCAAGAAGAGGGGCUAUACCUUCAGGUGUGCGAUUUCCAAAUGAUCAUUCAGGCAGCAGCCUGGAUGGGAGGCUGGUGGCAUGAUUUUGCAAUUGCUUGCUUGCAGUUUUUUCCCUUGUGGGUGAUGUGUGCAGGAAACCUGCCUAGUUUUAUAUGGACACUAUAUUGGGUUUCUGGAAUCAUCCCCUGUGCUGUCUAAUUCUGCCUCUGUAAAGGAUUUUUGGUGUCUGGAUGGGUGGGGAGACUUGAACAACACAAAGUUCGCCUUGCUUUGAAAUUACUGGUACAGAUAUUUUGAAGAGGGAGAGAGCAGAGUGAAAGAUUGUGGUAAAUACUGAGGCGUAGCUUUGUGGGUACAUGUUCUGAAUGUGUGAUGACAAAAGAUUUAACUUUAAAAAAGGGAGGGGGUGGUGGUGAUGAGAGAGAGAGCUAAAUAAAAGGAGUUUCUUUGCAGCUCCAUCCAUUUCAAUGGUGCAGCUUUCCCAAGCCCCUUUCCGUUGCCCAUCAUCACCUUCAGGCCGGUCAGAGGAGGGUGAGGAUAAGAGCAUGAAGGCUGCCAAGCAGCAGGUGAACCCGUCUGGGGAGAGCCAGCCUCCCUCCAGUCCCCUGCAGUCUGCGCUGAACUCGGCAGCCUCUCCUUCCCAGGCAUAUGAGACUUACAUUGAUAAUGGGCUUAUUUGCCUCAAACACAAGAUCAGGAACAUUGAGAAAAAGAAGCUCAAGCUAGAAGACUACAAAGAUCGCCUGAAGAAGGGAGAAGUCCUCAAUCAAGAUCAGUUGGAGGCAGUAGAGAAAUAUGAUGAAGUAGUACACAACUUGGAAUUUGCCAAGGAGCUUCAGAAGACUUUUUCAGGACUUAGCCAAGAUCUGCUGAAAGCCCAAAGGAAAGCCCAGAGGAGGGAGAGUCUGUUGAAGCUUGAAGCAGAGAAGAAAAAACUGCGUACAAUACUUCAAGUCCAGUAUGUGCUACAGAAUUUCACUCAAGAGCAUGUUCAGAAAGAUUUCAAAGGUGGUAUGAAUGGUGCAAUAUACUUGCCUUCUAAAGAACUAGACUACCUCAUAAGAUUUGCAAAACUGACAUGUCCAGAAAGAAAUGAGAACUUGAGUGUUGAAGACCAGAUGGAACAAUCAUCUCUCUACUUCUGGGACCUUCUAGAAGGAAGUGAGAAACCUGUGGUUGGAACAACAUAUAAACACAUGAAGGACCUGUUAUCCAAACUUCUAGACUCUGGCUACUUUGAAAGUAUUCCAACUCCUCGCACCAGUAUACCAGUAAAAGAAUUGGAAGAAGAAGUAAAUAGAAAAUCUGAGAGAACAAGACAGAUGUCAAAAGGAGAGUCUGUGAAAGAACCAGAAUCCAUUAUGGAGCUUAUGAAGUCUGAAAUACAGCCACAGGAGUUUCUCAACAGGCGUUAUUUGCCUGAAGCAGAAUACUCUGUCAAGAAGAAGCCAGAAGAGCCCAAAUCUUGGGAAGCUGAGUGUGCUAGAAAGCAAGAACCUCCAAAGUCCUGGGAAAUGCUUGUUGAUAUUGAAGAGCAGGAACAGAAGCAGAAACAAGAGACCUUAAAGCCUUGGGAAGCUCGUGUUAGGCAGCAAGAACAAAAAAGACCAGAUUCUCCAAAGCCUUGGGAAGCUCGUGUUAAAGAGGAACAGAAGCAUGAGUCUACAAAACCUUGGGAGGCCCGUGUUGAGGAGGAAGAACAGAAGAAGCAAGAAGCUGCAAAGGCCUGGGUAGGACGUGUCCGAGAGGAGCAGGAGUCCCCCAAACCUUGGGUAGCAAAGGUUAGGGAAGAGCAGGACCAGAAGAAACAGGAAUUGCCUAAGCCAUGGGUAGCAAAGGUUAGGGAAGAGCAGGAACAGAAAAAGCAGGAAUCCCCAAAACCUUGGGUAACCAAAGUUAAGGAAGAACCACAGCAAAAGCAGGAAUCUCCAAAACCUUGGGUAACCCAGACUAGGGAGCAACCAGAGCAAAAGAAGCCAGAGCCUGUGAAAUCAUGGGAAAUGCCUGUUAGGGAAGAGCCAGAGCAAAAGAAGCAGGAGCCUGUGAAGGCUUGGGCUGCACAUGUUAGGGAGGAGCCAGAACAAAAGAAGCAGGAGACUCGAGAGGCUUGGGAAAAAGCUGACAGGCAGCAGCAAGUGUCAUCACAGCAGUUACAGAACCCUCCGAAGUCCUGGGGAGCUGCAAGUAUUGGGCCAAAGGAGCAGAUGGGGCCAAAGAAGUUUGAUAUGGAGCCCAAAGAAGAUGGACAGAUGGAUGGCUUAAGUGGUGGACAAAACUUUGAUGCAGUAAGGAAAAAGGAGGGUCUCCAGUCAGCUGGAGAAACUUGCAGACUGCCUAGGAGUCUUCAUAGCAAUGUGCAGGUGCCUAAACUUGCACAUCAGCCAGCUGCAGAAUUUUGCUCUACUUCAACUCUUCCAAAAGAUCCAGUAUUGAGAAGGGAAAAACUUCAGGAUCUGAUGACUCAGAUACAAGGGACUUACAACUUCAUGCAAGAGUCCAUUCUGGAUUUUGAUAAAGCUUCACCAAGUGCCAUUGGCUCAUCCCAACCGCCUUCAGUUACUCCUGCAAGUAGUCCUGUAGCUUCAAAAGAACAGAAACUGCCAAGUCAGAGUGAUUUUCUUCAACAGCCCCUUCAAGCUGCUCCUUCAUCCAUGACAUUGCAUGGUUCAAAUACUUCCCUAGCAUCUGCUGAUCAGGCUCUUUCUGGCUCUGAAACUGAAGACUUGGUGGCAUCGCAGACACCGCAGGCAUCAGCAUCACUUUCUCAAGAGACUGAGAAAUUUACAUCUCAGCCACUGUAUCAGACAAGUUCACGUAUUUCUGAGCCACUGAUACCCAAAAAGAUUGAAAUUGCCCAGGCAACUAUUCCCCUCCCAAGUGAGCCACAGUCACCGUUGCCUACUUCAAGCACCUCCAUAUCACCAGUGCCACCAGCGCAAAGCUUUCAGUCUCCUCCAGCAAGUAGCAGUUCUGUCACAAUAACAGCAGCUCCCUUUCAGGCUAUGCAGACUGUAUUUAAAGUGAAUGCACCACUGCCGCCACGUAAAGACCAGGAAAUUAAAGAGGAUUCUUCAUAUUCGGCAGGAUAUAACCAGAGUUUCUCUACAGCAAGUACACAGACUCCUCCUCAAUGCCAGCUGCAGUCUUCUCAUGUUGCAGAACAAACAACUCUUUCACAAGAAUCUCUCUCUUCAGUGAAUUACCAACCUGAUGGAGCUGUUCCUGUUAGCAAUGGUAGCCUUGCCUUUUAUCCAGCACAGACUAAUGUUAUUCCCAGACCCCCUCAGCCUUACCUUAACAGUCGUGGGUCUGUCAGAGGAUCUGCUAGAGGUGGAAGGUCACUGGCUAACUCAUAUCGCUCCCCUGGUGGGUACAAAGGUUUUGAUGCUUACAGAGGUUCACCUUCAAUAAGUAAUGGCAACUAUGGCCAGCUGCAGUUCCCUGGUAGAGAUUAUGCUGGAAUGCCAUAUUCUCAGAGGGAUGUUAAUUACCAGCAGUGCUAUAAAAGAGGUGGGAUAAGUAGUGGUCCUCGAGCAAAUUCAAGAGCAGGGUGGAGUGAUUCCUCUCAGGUGAGCAGUCCGGAACGAGACAAUGAAACCUUUAACAGUGGGGACUCCGGGCAGGGAGACUCCCGCAGCAUCACCCCUGUUGAUAUGCCAGUGACAAGCCAAGCUGCCACCAUACUACCAGUGCACGUCUACCCCCUUCCGCAGCAGAUGAGAGUUGCCUUCUCUGCUGCCAGAACAUCUAACUUGGCCCCUGGAACUCUAGACCAGCCAAUUGUGUUUGAUCUGUUGCUGAACAACCUUGGAGAAACUUUUGAUAUCCAGCUUGGUAGGUUCAACUGUCCAGUGAAUGGUACAUAUGUCUUCAUCUUCCACAUGCUGAAACUGGCUGUAAAUGUUCCCCUGUAUGUGAAUCUUAUGAAGAAUGAAGAGGUCCUAGUGUCAGCAUAUGCAAAUGAUGGGGCUCCUGAUCAUGAAACGGCUAGUAAUCAUGCAGUCCUGCAGCUGUUCCAGGGAGAUCAGAUCUGGUUGCGUCUGCAUAGAGGAGCCAUCUAUGGAAGUAGCUGGAAAUACUCCACCUUUUCGGGAUACCUCCUUUAUCAGGACUAAAAUCCAGUGCGAUGUUUACAGAAGAGCUGCUCCGAACACCUUGGUGGAGGGGGGUGGGACUAGCUUUGCACUUACUGACUUUAUAGAAGAUAUGUGGUUCCAUUAUUGGGGGAAAUGAUGGUCCUGUUAUGCAAGGUGAAAUCAUGGAGUUGGGGUACUGAAUCAGCACUAAUUUGGCACUUUAAUCAGUUGUGAUGUAGCCUUGCUAGUAAAGCUGUGAAUGUAUAUUGUUUGCACUUACCCUAAACUGUAUUAAUGUCCAGCUUACUACACUAUUGAUUGCCUCAAGUAUGGGCUAUUCACAAUGCCUUGUUGUGCCUCAAUAAAACAAGUUAAUAUGCA